UUUUAUGCCUUUAAAAAUAAUUUCUGAAAACUAAUGGAAAUUCAAAAAAACAUAACCUAAAAACCAAAAAUGUCUCAUUUAACUGAUUUAAAAUCACAAUUGGAAUUAAUGAAAGUUUCAUCACAAUCAUUAUAUCGAGAUAAUCAAUUGAGUCAUGAACAAAUAAAAACACUUUUGGAAACUCGUGGGUGUACAAUAGAAAUAACAAAUCCAUAUGUAACUCCAAAGUAUACUUUGGAAAAAGUUCGUAAAGUACCUAUCCGACAUUCUGUAUAUAGUUAUACACAUUUUUUUGAACGCAAUCUACUACAGAAUAUUCCUUGUGUUAUUACGAAUGUAGCACUUAACUGGCCAUGCAUGAAAACAUGGAUUGAUGGAGGUCAGAUCAAUUUCAAAUAUUUACGCAGUAAAUUUGGAAAUGCCUCGGUGCCGGUUGCUAACUGUAGUAAGAAAUAUUUUGAUUCGCAUGAAAAAAUUACUAUGAAAUUCUCAGAUUAUUUAGAUUAUUUUGAAAGUGAAAAUAAAGAAAAUUUAUUAUACUUAAAAGACUGGCAUUGUAGAAAAGAAUUUCCACUUGAAGAUUUUUACGAAGUGCCUAAAUUAUUUACUUCGGAUUGGUUAAAUGAAUAUGCUCUUGCGACUAUGCAAGAUGAUUAUAUGUUUGUUUAUAUGGGACCGGCAGGAACUUGGACUCCUUUGCAUGCAGAUGUCUACAAUUCAUAUAGUUGGUCAGUAAAUAUAACUGGCUGUAAAAAAUGGCGAUUAUAUCCACCAGGCCAAGAAGAUUUACUACGAGAUCAAAACGGACAACUUCCAUUUGAUGUAUCAACAUAUGAUUCAAAAACCAAAGACGUUUACUACUUAGAAAUAAUCCAAGAAAAGGGAGAUGCCAUAUUUAUCCCGUCGGGGUGGUAUCAUCAAGUUUGGAAUUUGGAUGACACAAUUUCCAUUAAUCAUAAUUGGAUCAAUGCGUGUAAUAUACAUGUUAUGUGGAAAAACUUACAAUUAGAACUCAAAAAAGUAGAAAAAGAAAUUUCCGAUUGUAUACAAAUGGAUAAUUGGUCGGAGCAUUGUCAAUUAUUAUUACGGGCAACAUUUGGCAUGAAUUAUUUUGAUUUUUAUAAUUUUUUACAUGAGAUCGCGUUUCGACGGAUAACACGUUUAAAAAAUACAGCAACUGUAACAUGCUUUAAAUCCGCGUUGGGUGUCAAUCAUUGUCGUUUUGAUUUGAUUCAAAUUCAUCAAGUUCUUGUGGAUUAUCUUAAAAAUGAUGUCUUUGUUCAUAUGAAUACAACGUUUGAAGGGAAUUUAUUGGAAUUAAUAGAAAAAAUUUUGCAAGUGUUAGGUAUGUGGGAAUCGAUUUUGGGGAAGAGUGAAUUGCAGUUGGAUUGUGCAAGUUAAUAAUGAGACUUAAAAAAAUUUAUAAAAAUAUUUGUAAAUAUAUUUAUUUUUU